UCAUUUGCUUAAAUUGUCAUGAUGAUCGUAGAGUGUUUUUUUAUAUUUGCACCGGUUUUGAAAAGCUUUACUUAAAGCAAACACCACAAAAUUUGAUCAGUCGCAAAAAAGCAGUCAAACCAUCCACAUUCAUUCUAUCUGAAGCAAUCAACAGAUAAACAUCCAACGACGAUCAAGCCGUUGUCACCGCAUACAACAAGCUCAUCGAUUAACUGAAAAAUUGCCAACCGAACAGAACGAAGUUUACGCAAAAAUAAGAGAAAAAUAAGAAGAAGAAGAGAGAAAUAUAUAAGAUCAGAGCAUCGAGGCAUACCGCGCAUUCACUCAUAUGCAUACAAGAUCGAAUUUAAUAGCGAAUCAACAAGGUAGACAUGAUAAAUGCAGCAUACAAUAAUAGUAGUUUCAUCGAUGAUGAUGGUAAAAGCAAUGGAAAAGAAUCGUAUGAAAAACAUAGAUCGAUAGAGUUAUCGACAAAAUCAGCAAAUAGCUUCCAAUCAACCGGCGACUAUGAACCGUAUGACCAUCGAAAAGUGGAAAUUCCGCUAACAAAUUUUGAUACAAUCAUACAUUUGUUCAAAAUGUCUCUGGGAACAGGUAUUUUUGCAAUGCCGAACGCAUUCAAAAGUUCCGGUUACAUAGUUGGAUUCAUUGGCACAAUUAUACUUGGCACCAUUGCCACUUCUUGCGUGCACACGCUUGUAAACUUAGAAUACUUCUUAUGCAAAUUGAAAAAAGUGCCAAGCAUGAAUUAUCCAAACACAGCUGAAGCGGCUCUAUUGGCUGGUCCCGAACCUUUUCAUAAAUAUGCAAAAACUAUGGUACACGUGAUCAAUGCAUUUUUGUUAUUGUAUCAGAUUGGAAGCUCAUGCAUUUAUGUUGUUUUCAUGACAACAAACAUCCAAGCUGUACUGGCAUCAUUUGGAUAUAACAUUCAUAUAAGACUACUAGCGGUCAUAAUUCUAGUGCCGUUGAUUCUAUUAAAUUGGAUUCGAAAAUUAAAAUAUUUAACACCGUUAUCAACUAUUGGUAAUUUCAUAACGAUUGGAUCUUUUUUGGUAAUUUUCUACUAUAUUUUCCGGGAGCCAUUCACACUCGAGGGUAAAAAACCGUAUGCGACUGUAUCCGAAUUUCCCAUGUUUUUCUGUACAGUUCUUUUCGCACUGGAGGCCAUUGGUGUUAUUAUGCCAUUAGAGAAUGAAAUGCGGACGCCAAAAGAUUUUCGUGGAUCGACCGGAAUUUUGAAUCGUGCCAUGUUUUUAAUUGUCGCCCUCUAUAUUGGACUUGGUUUGACUGGCUACCUCCGAUAUGGGGAUGAAAUUAAACCAACAAUUACCAUAAAUUUACCACAAACAGAUACAUUGGCUUUACUUGCGAAAGCAUUAAUUGCGGUCAGUGUGUUUGCAACUCAUGCUCUGUCAUGCUAUGUAGCCAUCGAUAUUGCUUGGUCGGAGUACAUUUUGAAACGAAUUGAAAAGAGCAAUCGAAAACUACUGUGGGAAUAUGCGUUGCGAACUGGAAUUGUUUUUAUUACAUUUGUGAUGGCAGUAGCAAUUCCAGAUUUGGAUCUUUUUAUUUCACUAAUUGGUGCAUUAUCACUAGCAACAUUGGGCAUUUUGUUUCCACCAUUUUUAGAGACUGUCGCCAAAUGGAAUCGAGUUUCGGGCUUUACAAAAGCACUUAUGAUUUCCAAAAAUCUUUUAUUUGGAGUAAUUGGAUUGGCCGGCUUUUUCAUCGGCUCAUCAAUUAGCAUGAAGGAUAUAAUUAACAGAUAUUUAGAAGAAUCAUAGAAUAUAUUAUCGUACUAUAAGAAUGCCUAUGUUUGUUUGUGUCUCUGUGCGUGUGUUUGUGUAUGUGUCAUACUUUUAGAGUUGUACGAAUAUCCGAUAAAUUAUUUUAAUCGAUAGAAUACUAUUCAAUGCAAGUUACCAUUUAUAAUCCGAUAAAUUCGGGCAAUAACAAAAAAUAUGUUAAAACCGUCUAGAAAAUUAAAACAAAUCGAUAAUAAACUCAUUCGUAAUAAAAGUGACAA